AGCAGGGUCUGCGGUGAGUAUGUCUGGCAGAGGCAAAGGCGGGAAGGGGCUCGGCAAGGGUGGUGCUAAGCGCCACCGGAAAGUGCUGCGUGACAACAUCCAGGGCAUCACUAAGCCGGCCAUCCGGCGCCUGGCUCGGCGUGGCGGUGUGAAGCGCAUUUCGGGGUUCAUCUACGAGGAGACGCGCGGCGUACUGAAAGUCUUUCUGGAGAACGUGAUCCGUGACGCUGUCACCUACACGGAGCACGCCAAGAGGAAGACGGUGACCGCGAUGAACGUGGUGUAUGCUUUGAAGCGCCAGGGUCGCACCCUCUAUGGCUUUGGCGGUUAAAGCCUUCCGUUUCCAGAACAUUUUACGAACCGAGUUCAAAAGCUCUUUUAAGAGCCCCCCAUGUUUUCGUGAGAAGGAUUGUGACACUGUUUUCCGUGAAGAGAUAAUCAGAA